AUUUAAUAACCUCAUUUAACAUAAAAUAUAAACAAAAUAUAAUAUAAAAAAAAAUAUAUUUGCUAUAUAUAAUCAUAUUCAAAUAAAAUUAUAUAAUAAUAAAAUUAUAUAAUAAUAAAAUUAUAAUAAUAAAUAAUAUAUUAUUUAUUAAUAAAAUAAUAAUACAAUAACAAUGUCUUCAGUACCAUUCAUCCCAAAAGACAUUAAUGAUAUCAACUCAUUAUUAGUUACAAUUUCGUCAUCAUUAUCAUUAGCUGGGUGUAUUUUUAUUGUUUUUAUUUACAUUUACUAUAAAGAAUUAAGAGAAUUUCAAUUAAAACUCAUUUUCAUAAUGACCUUAAAUGAUUUAAUAAUAUCAAUAAUAUAUUUAAUAGCAACUCAUGUCAGGCCGAAAUUUUUCGAAACCCUUAGCAAUUCUCUUCCGUUUCUUUGUAACUUUCCAGAUUCUUUGCUACACUAUUUCUUUUUAACAUCAUUCUGUUGGGAAAUAUGCAUAGCCCAUACUUUAAUCCAAGUUAUAAAAUAUAAUAAUGACAGAGUUGAAACAUACUAUAAAUGGUAUCAUUUAUUUUCAUGGGGAGUAUCAGCAAUUUUACUAAUAGGAUUAUUCUUUUUAAGAAACUACAAAGAUUGCCACAGCAAUUCGAUAUUUCCUCAUUUAUUAUUUUUUAUCCCAAUGCUAUUCACAUGGGUUUUUAAUGUAGCAGUAUGUAUUUUAUUGGUCCAAACCUUUAAAGAAAGUGCCUCAAACCAAAUAGUGUAUAAUUAUAGCUAUUAUAAUAGUAAUAACAUAAAUAAUAGACCAAGAAGGUUCAACAUUGAUAACAUUCCAAUAAUUAAUCCUAUAAUUAAUAAUAAUAUAAUAAACCCCACAAAUAAUGAUAUCGAUAGUAAUAAUUUAAUAAACCACCAAAAUAGUAUCAACAAUAGUGAUAAUCAAAACAAUUCAAAUCCCGAUAUUAAGAAAACCCCAAAAAUAGUUUGGACAUCAAUUUUCUUUUUGUUUUCAUUCGGCUUCACAUGGAGUUGGAUAUUAAUGGCAGUAAUAUUGGAUUGCUUAGGUUUAGAUAGCAAGUAUGUGCUAAUGGGCUCAUAUCUAUUUGUUCCGCUACAGGGCUCAAUGAAUGCUAUUAUAUAUGGUAUGAAUGAUAGAUUAAGAAAGAAUUUAAAAGAAAGUGUCAACAAUGUAAUUUUAAAAACACAACAAAUGUAUAAUAAAAGCAAUAACAUGGAUAAUGGCAGUAAUGAAAAUUUUGAAAAUGAAUAUCAAAAUUUAUUGGUUAACUAUGACGACGAAGAUGAAGAUUAUUAUUACCCACUUCCAUCCCCAAACUUUCCACCUCAAAAUUUAACACAAUUCCAUCAACAACAAAAUCAUCAUAACCACUAUGGUGGAGAUUCUCUAAAUUUAGUUCCAAGUUAUAUCAAUCAAGAUGAAAAUAUUUUUAUUGAUCCAAAAAAUUCAAAUAAUUUAUAUAAUGCCCCUAACAAUAACAAUAACAAUAAUAACAAUAGUAAUAGUAAUAAUAAUAAUAAUAAUAAUAAUAAUAACAAUGAUGAUAAUGAUAAUAAUAAUAGUAAUAAUAUAUUUUAAAAAAUAUGUAAAAAAAAAUUUCACAAAAAAAAAAACUACAGUUUUUUAAUAUAAUAAUAUAAAAAAAAUAAUAAUAAUAUUUAUUUUUAUAUUAAUAAAUCAAUAAAUAACUAAUUAUUUUUUUAAAAUUUAAGAAAAUAAAUAUUAUUUAUAUUUAU